AUGACAAGAAAACAACACAUAGAAGCAUUGGAUAAGAUGGUACGAGACAUCAAUGAUUCAGAUGUAACAUUCGGUGCAAAGGUUGUUGUUUUCGGUGGAGAUUUUCGACAGGUUUUACCUGUGGUUCGUAAAGGAACAAGACAACAACAGGUUAAUUCCAGUUUGGUUUAUUCCUAUUUGUGGCCUACAUUGACCAAGUUCCGAUUAACUGAAAAUAUGCGAGCAAGACUUGAUCCAGUUUUUUCAGAUUAUGUGUUAGAAGUUGGAAACGGAAUGCCGCCAAACACAGUUGAUGAAACCAUAAAGAUUCCAAAUAGGAUGCUUAUUCCCUAUUAUGAUGACAGCACUUCUUUAGAUCAUUUGAUAGAAGAUGUUUUCCACAAUAUUCAUGAAUAUUCAAUGAAUAUUUCAACUAUGAUGAAUCGGGCAAUAUUAACACCGAAGAACAGUUAUGUUGACGAAAUAAGCGCAUUGUUGAUUCAUAGGCUCCCGGGUGAAAUUCAGCGAUAUUACAGUUUUGAUGAGACAAUAGAUGCAUCUGAACAAUCAGUUAUGGAAGAUUUCUUGAAUACUCUAACCCCAAACGGACUUCCGCCUCAUGAAUUAUUACUCAAGAAAAACUGUCCCAUCAUGCUACUUAGAAACAUUAAUCCUUCAGAAGGGCUAUGCAACGGAACCCGUUUGAUUUGUCGGGCUUUUGAUCAAAAUGUCAUAGAUGCAGAAAUUGCAGUUGGACACCAUAUCGGAAAAAGAGUGUUCAUUCCAAGGAUACCAUUUUUACCAAAUGUUGAUGAAAAUAGUGGUUUUCCAUUCAAACGAACUCAAUUUCCUAUAAGAUUGAGUUUCGUAAUGACUAUAAAUAAGUCACAAGGACAGACAUUAGAUUGUGUUGGGAUUUAUUUACCUCAGCCAGUUUUUUCACAUGGUCAAUUAUAUGUAGCUUUAUCGAGGGCAAAGACAUCAUCUGCAGUGAGGAUUCUAAUACGACCAGUGUCCACUGAACAACGUGAAAAGAACUGCACAAAAAAUAUUGUGUUUACAGAAUUACUUACAUUAUCAUGUUUGAAUUAA